AUGAGUGCUGGAGAGAUUGAUGAAAGUUUGUACUCCAGACAGCUCUAUGUUCUGGGCAAAGAAGCUAUGCUUAAGAUGCAACACUCCAAUGUUUUGAUCAUUGGUCUCAAGGGGUUGGGUGCCGAAAUCGCCAAAAAUGUUGCACUAGCAGGUGUCAAAUCUCUAUCUUUAUAUGAUCCACAGCCCGUUACUAUCCAAGAUUUGUCUACACAGUUCUUUUUAACUGAAUCUGAUAUUGGUAAGCAGAGAGCAACAGUUUCGAGAGAGAAAUUAGCAGAAUUAAACUCUUACGUUCCUAUCAAAGUAGUGGACUCAUUAAUAGACGAAAAGUCGUUGCUAGAAUUCGAAGUCGUUGUUGCAACAGAAACCGUUUCCCUACAGGAGAAGGUUAACUUGAACAAUUUAUGCCAUGCAGCCGGAAUCGGAUUCAUUUCCACAGAAACUAGAGGUCUUUUUGGUAAUGUUUUUGUAGAUUUAGGUGAUGAAUUUACCGUUUUAGAUCCAACUGGGGAAGAACCAAGGUCAGGUAUCGUUUCUGACAUUGAACCUGAUGGGACUGUAACCAUGUUAGAUGAAAAUAGACACGGUUUAGAAGAUGGUAAUUAUGUUAAGUUCUCAGAAGUGGAAGGUUUGGAAAAAUUGAACGAUGGUUCUUUGUUCAAGGUGGAAGUGCUAGGUCCCUUUGCCUUUAGAAUCGGCCCAGUUUCGCAAUACGGUAAAUACAUCAAAGGUGGUAUCUUUACAGAAGUUAAGCAGCCUCAAAAAUUGUCUUUUAAGACGUUACAGCAAUCAUUUGCAGAACCAGAGUAUUUAUUCUCCGAUUUUGCUAAGAUGGAAAGAACUCCUCAAUUACAUUUAGCAUUCCAAGCGUUACAACAGUUUGCCUCUACUCAUGGAGGUGAACUCCCAAGACCUUUGAAUGCUUCUGAUGCCGCCGAAGUUGUAAAACAUGCCCAACAAAUAGCGGCUCACGAACCAAACGUUUUGGGUGGUGCUCCAGUGGAUGAAAAAGUGAUCGCGGAGCUUUCAUAUCAGGCAAGGGGUGACUUACCAGGCAUAGUUGCCUUCUUUGGUGGUCUCGUAGCUCAGGAAGUUUUGAAGGCAUGUUCUGGUAAAUUCUCACCUUUAAAGCAAUACAUGUAUUUUGACGCCCUAGAGGCUCUACCGGAACAAAAACAAUUUGUAAGAACAGAAGAAACUACUAAACCAAUCAAUUCUCGUUACGAUAAUCAAAUUGCAGUUUUCGGGUUAGAAUUCCAAAGGAAAAUUGCUAACCUAUCAGUUUUCCUAGUUGGUUCAGGUGCCAUUGGUUGUGAAAUGCUAAAGAAUUGGGCACUGUUAGGUCUAGGUACCGGUUCCGAAGGUGGUAUUGUCGUUACUGAUAACGAUUCUAUCGAAAGAUCUAAUUUGAAUAGACAAUUCUUGUUCAGACCAAAGGAUGUCGGCAGAAACAAAUCUGAAGUUGCUGCUCAAGCAGUUGCCGCUAUGAACCCGGAUUUAACUGGUAAAAUCGAUGCAAAGAUCGAUAAAGUUGGCCCGGAGACGGAAAGCAUCUACAACGACCAAUUCUGGGAAAGUUUGGAUCUUGUCACCAACGCUCUAGACAACGUCGAUGCUCGUACCUACGUGGACCGUCGUUGCGUCUUCUACAGAAAACCUCUGCUAGAAUCUGGUACUUUGGGUACUAAGGGUAACACCCAAGUGGUCGUACCACUGUUGACAGAAUCCUAUUCUUCUUCAAGAGAUCCACCUGAAAAGUCUAUCCCACUCUGUACCCUACGUUCUUUCCCUAACAAGAUUGAUCAUACGAUUGCAUGGGCUAAAUCUCUUUUCCAAGGAUAUUUUUCAGAUGCCCCUGAAAACGUUAACAUGUAUUUGACUCAACCUAACUUUGUGGAACAAACUCUAAAGCAAAGUGGUGAUGUGAAAUCUAUCUUGGAAACUAUCAGCGAUUCUUUGAACCAUAAACCAAUUAAAUUCGAUGAUUGUAUCGCUUGGGCUCGUUUGGAAUUCCAGAAGAAAUUUAACCACGAUAUUCAACAAUUGUUGUACAAUUUCCCCAAGGAUGCUAAGACCUCUAACGGCGCACCUUUCUGGUCAGGUCCAAAGCGUGCUCCAACGCCUUUGAAAUUUGACAUUAACAAUCCAGAUCACCUUCAUUUCAUCGUAGCGGCUGCUAACUUGCGUGCAUUUAACUACGGCUUGACAGGUGAUUCGGGUGCACCAAAUUUGGAACACUACAAACAAGUGUUGAGUAAAAUUAAUGUUCCUGAAUUCUCUCCAAGAUCUGAUGUCAAGAUUCAAGUCAAUGACGAUGAUCCAGAUCCAAAUUCUGACCGCGGUGAGAAUGACUUGUCAGUAUUAGCUGGUAGCCUACCGGAACCAUCUCAAAUGGCAGGUUACAAGCUAGACCCAGUAGAAUUCGAGAAGGAUGAUGAUACUAACCAUCAUAUUGAAUUCAUCACCGCAUGCUCCAACUGUAGAGCUGAAAACUACUUCAUCGAACCAGUGGAUCGUCAAAAAACCAAGUUUAUCGCAGGUCGUAUCAUUCCAGCUAUUGCCACUACCACCGGUCUCGUCACUGGUUUGGUUAACAUCGAACUGUACAAGAUUGCUGAUGCAAAGACUGAUGUUGAAAAGUACAAGAAUGGUUUCAGCAACUUGGCAUUACCAUUCUUUGGAUUUUCUGAACCUAUUCACUCUCCAAAGGGCGAAUACAAUGGUAAAUCUUACGACAGAAUCUGGGAUAGGUUUGACAUCAACGGUGAUAUCAAGUUGAACGAUUUGAUUAAGCAUUUCCAGGAAAAGGAAUCUUUAGAUAUCACAAUGUUGUCUUACGGUGUCUCUCUUUUGUAUGCAUCUUUUUUCCCACCAAAGAAAUUAAAGGAAAGGUUGAACUUAACGAUCACUGAAUUAGUGAAGUUUAUCACCAAAUCCGAGGUUCCUCCACACGUUCGUACAAUGAUUUUGGAAAUCUGUGCAGAUGAUAAAGAUGGUGAAGAUGUCGAAGUUCCUUACAUAACAAUUCACUUGUGA